AAUGGCAAAUAUGACACAAGCGGGAGAAAUGAAUUUAGAAAAAUUGCUUCGAGAGAUGAAUCCAGAGCUAUGUUCUCAAGUUUAUGGAUUUAUUUCUAGUACUAAGGCAGAAGCUCUGUCGGACCAAAUUCAACAGAACUGUAUUAUGAAGUUUGAAGAGAAUGAAGGAACCACAUACAUAAUACCUUUAGAGGACCUCAAAAUAUACAAAAUACAGUAUGAAUUUGCUUGUCAGAAGAUCACCUUGAAGAUUCAUUCAAACCUGGAGGCAGUUGGAUUUCUGGCCCAAAUCUUGGAAAAGUUGGCAGAAAAAAAUAUUCCAUGCAAUGUGGUUUCAGGAUUCUACCAUGAUCAUCUGUUUGUGCCUGAAGGCAGAGGACAUGAGGCUUUGGAGAUGCUAACUUCGAUAGUUUAAACUUUAGUAGCAGCCCAUUUUUUUCUGUGACCAUUUAUAUUAGUUUUCCUAAAUAUGUGCAUAUUUUUAUUUAAUAAAUAAUAAAUAAUAAAUGUAAAA